AUGUAUGUGCAUUUGUAUAAAUCAAAGUUCUGUAUUCCUUUUAUUUCGUCUUAAUUUUGAUUUCGUUUUUAUAUUGAAUAAUUUAAAUAAAACAUAAAUAUAAUGGCUUCUGAGCAAUAUGAGAGAGAAAAUAUUAUUAAUAUAAUGCUUGCCACAGACAAUCACUUGGGUUAUUGCGAAAAGGAUCCAAUUCGAGGAAACGACAGUUUUAUUGCAUUCGAAGAAAUUCUUGAACUUGCAGUGGAGAAAGACGUUGAUUUUAUUCUUUUAGGUGGAGAUUUAUUUCAUGAUGCUACUCCCAGUCAGAAUUCUUUACAUAAGUGCAUAAAACUUUUACGACAGUAUACCCUUGGCGACCGACCAAUAUCCAUUGAGUUCCUAUCUGAUCAAUCGUUAGCAUUUCAUGAUGCUCUUAAUCAGACGGUCAAUUACGAAGACCCUAAUGUUAAUGUAUCCAUUCCAGUAUUCUCGAUUCAUGGCAAUCACGAUGAUCCCAUUGGUUUUGGCAACCUCAGUGCCCUUAAUAUCUUAGCUACCACAGGUCUCAUCAACUACUUUGGUCGCUGGACCGAUCUCAGCCAAGUUGAUAUUAAUCCCAUUCUUCUGCGAAAAGGAGAAACACAAAUCGCUCUCUAUGGCCUUUCUCACAUCCACGAUAAUCGUUUGUGUCGACUCUUUCAAGCUGGCAAAAUUCUAAUGGAACAACCUGAUGAAUCCACUGGAGAAUGGUUCAAUCUCAUGGUAAUCCAUCAAAAUCGUGUCGAUCGAGGUAGGAAAAAUCACAUUCCCGAAGAGGCUCUUCCGGAUUUCUUGGAUUUGAUUCUUUGGGGUCAUGAACAUGAUUGUCGGGUUGAACCAGAAGUUAACUUGAAAAAAAACUUCUAUGUCACCCAACCGGGGUCAUCGGUAGCGACAUCAUUGGCAGAGGGUGAAUCCUUACCGAAAAAUGUAGGAAUUCUACAAGUUCUUAACAAACAAUUCCAAAUUAAACCUGUACCUCUGAAAACUGUGCGCCCUUUUAUCUUCGAGUCGAUCACGUUGAGUGAAUUUUCCGAUGACUAUGGAUUCGAUCAAGCUGACGCCGCUGAAAGAGUACAAAAUUUAGCCAAAGAGAAAAUGGAGGAGAUGAUUAAACGUGCCGAAGAACGCCUAACGGAUCAUCCAAAUCAACCAAAAUUACCUCUGAUUCGAUUGCGUAUCAUUUACAAUGAUGAAGUACAGAUGUUCAAUGCCAUUCGAUUUGGGCAGCAGUACAAUGAGAGGAUUGCUAAUCCAGCUGAUGCAGUUGUUUUCAAAAAGCUUAUCAAGAAAACUAAGUCCGAGACCAAAGACUUCGACAAGAAUGUCAUGUCCGAUGCAUUCAAAAUGGAGCAAAACGAGAAUGAAACAAAAGUUGAGGAUGUUGUUGAUCGUUACUUUGAUGAGGUCGAUGAAGAUAAGAAACUGCAAGUAAUUAGUUCGAAAGUCCUGUCUGAGAUGUGUUACAGGAUGGUUGAGAAAAAUGAUGCCAAUGCCGCAGAUGCUAUUCUUCAAUUAUACCAAGAACUGGCUGUCGAUCACCUAAUGUCUAAACUUCCGAGUGAAGAAGCCAUUGACGACGAACUGAAAUUAUUUCGCGACAAUGGAGCUGAAAACCACGAGAAAAUAAUAAAAUUACUCGAAGAGCGUGGCACAACUAAAAAAGUUAGAAAUGAAGAAGUCGAUUCGUUAUUUGGCUUGUCAACAGAUAAAUUAUCUGAAAAGAAAGCACCUGCUUCCCGCAAAACUAAAACAACAAUUGAAGACAUUGAUGAUGAUGAUAUAAGCACACCCCCUACACCCACUAAACCAACAACACGAGGCCGAGGACGUGGCAGAGGAGCAGCUCGUGGAAGUAGGGCUCGGGGGGCAAGUACAUCGGGAAGAGUUAUGCCUCAAUUGGAUAUAUCUGUAGGAUCGAAAACCAAUACAAGUACAAGGCAACCAACAUUGCUUGAUGCCAUGAAUCAGAAGUCAUCUAGAACACGAGCUCCACCCAAAGUAGUUUAUGAGAUUUCAGAUUCUGAUUAAAUUAUGUUUUUUUUUUGUAUUCGUUUUGUUAUUUGUUUUUAAUAAAAAGUUGUCAUUCCAUUAACAGAAAAAUAA